AUGAGCUCUCAUUUGAGUAACAGAGCUGCUGGUCAAGAAACCACGCUGAAAUCGCCGAAUUUCAAAGUUACAUUCAAGCUAGAGGUUCUAAAAGGAGGCGGAUCAGGUAGCCAAUUCUAUCUAAUGGACAUGGGAAGCUGCUGGAAAAACGACGGCAGAGACUGCGACGGCGACGUCACCACCGACGUCACAAGGACGGACAAGGAGAAGUUCCCUUACGAAGCGUAUCACUAUUACUGCGUUCCGGGAAACGCGCGUUUCGCGGAGUCUCCAUACGAGGUUUGCGAUCCGUACAGUAAUCCACAACCGCAGGAGAUUCUGCAGAUCUUGCCUCAUCCUGUGUGGGAAGAGUUUGGGUAUCCGACAAAGAAAGGACAAGGUUGGAUCGGAGAUCCAAGAAGUUGGGAACUUGAUGUCGGAAAACUCUCUCAAUCACUCUACUUUUACCAGGAUCCAAAGACGAAACCAGUGGAAAGACAUUGGUCGUCAAUAGAUUUAGGAACUGAAAUAUAUAUGAGCAAGGAUCAAAUUGCAGAAUGGACUGUAACUGAUUUCAACAUUGUUAUACCAACGACCGUUAUGUAA